AUGGUGGAAACCGACAACGUGCAGUGCAGAGUCGCUGUGCCUUCGCAUCAUGAAAAACAUACGCGUAAUAUAACAACAUCUUGCACAAUGUAAAAGUUAGAUCAUUCAAUGGAUCCGCCCACGGUGUUAUCUAGGCAUUUACACAAUGCAGACGGUGAUGCGGCGAGCAGUGGGUGUGCGCCUCUCCAUCCAGCCAGUCUCUCAGCCACUACAUCAGUAGCACACGCCACGGAUACUUUGUUUUCACUAUUUGCCUUUCUUUAUCUUUCGGAUGAUGUCAACGGAACCUACCGAAGAACUCUGAUAGAUUAAAGCCAUUUAUUUUCGUCUAAAGCAGCACCAAGAGCUAGGAGAAUCAAGAUGAAAUUUCCGACUGAGAAUCCAAGAAAGCCAGGGAACAUGACCCCUCCACCAGUGGAAGUCCAUACCAACCUGGUCCCCCCCAAGAAGGUGCAGCCAGGCAUGCUUCAGUCCAGCCUUGUGCAUGCCAGCGUGGCCACCAUGCAGAACCCGAUGGGCUGUUCUCUGCAGCGGCUCUCUGUCUCCUCUCGCCCGCCCAGCAUGGUGGCCAGUAUGGAGGCUGUGGCUGAUGGCUCAGCCACCUUCACCAUGAUGAAGCUGAAGACAGUGCUGGCAGUGUUUGUGGUGGUGGUAGCCUACCUGGUAGCAGGGGGCUUAGUGUUCCAGGCGUUGGAGCAGCCCUUUGAAAAUAACCAGAAGAUCACCAUCACAGCAGAGAAGGCAGCCUUCCUGCAGGAACACCCAUGUGUGUCUCCAGAUGAGCUGGAGGCUCUCAUCAAGCAUUCUGUGGAAGCUGUGAAUGCCGGAGUGAAUCCUGUCGGUGAUACUUCCUACAACUCCAGCCACUGGGAUUUGGGUAGUGCCUUCUUCUUUGCUGGGACAGUCAUCACAACCAUAGGUUAUGGUAACAUUGCCCCAAGCACUGAGGGAGGAAAAAUCUUCUGCAUUCUGUAUGCAAUAUUUGGAAUUCCGCUGUUUGGAUUCCUCCUGGCAGGCGUCGGUGACCAGCUUGGUACCAUAUUUGUCAAAAGCAUCGCUAAUGUGGAGAAAAUGUUCCGGAAUAAACACAACCAGAUCAGUCAGACUAAAAUCCGUGUGGCCUCCACCCUCCUCUUCAUCCUUGCUGGCUGCAUUUUAUUCGUCACCAUCCCAGCUGUGAUCUUCAAACAUAUUGAGGGCUGGACAGCCCUGGAGUCAACAUAUUUUGUUGUCAUCACUCUGACAACAGUUGGAAUAGGUGACUAUGUGGCAGGAGGAGACAGAAGGAUUCAGUAUCGGAAGUGGUACAGACCACUAGUGUGGUUUUGGAUCCUGGGUGGUCUGGCCUACUUUGCUGCAGUGCUGAAUAUGAUUGGUGACUGGCUGAGGGUGCUAUCCAAAAAAACUAAAGAAGAGGUUGGCGGGAUCAAGGCUCAUGCAGCAGAAUGGAAAGCAAACGUGCGAGCAGAGUUCCAGGAGACGCGUCGGCGUAUGAGUGUCGAGGUCCACGACAAAUUGCAGCGAGCCGCCACCAUCCGGAGCAUGGAGAGACGGCAGCUGGGCUUAGACCAACGUGCCGUGUCCCUGGACAUGCUUUCUCCAGAGCGACGUGCAAUAUUCAACAGCCUUGACACAAACAGCUAUAAGACUUCCUCCCAGGAGAGCAUUGACUCCAAGCUGAACAACCUUCGGCUCCGAGGGGCCGAGCAUUGUGACCAGAGCUCUAACCACCAGACAACAUCUGAGGACAACAUAUUCAACCGCCUGGGCUCGGUCACCAAGCUGGCAAAGCGUAACAGAAAUCGGGACCUGAAGAAGAACAUCCCAGACGAGGCUCGUCGGCCUCACAGCGAGGCCUACGGCAGCAGCAUGCCCAAUUUUGACUGCAGCCCACCCACUUCAGAUGAAGGAAAAAGGAAGGAUGAAAGAGGGGAUGAGCAUGAAGACAAGGAGUGCAACACUAGCUUGUCUGAUUUCCCACUAUUUGUGGAUGCUUGCAAGCCUCACAAUGGGUUUAUUCCCUAGAAAAAACAAAGAGAAUGAGCGUAAGAAAACAAUUUAAACAAAAGAGCUGCAUAUUCAAAUGGUCCCAUAGACUGUGUACUCAUGCAAAAGGAGGUUUUAGAUAGCACCAUUAGUGCCUUAGGUCUCUCUUUUUCUUGUUUGUUCUUGACAGGGACAACAUGUCUCUUUGUGCUAUUAACAGUAAUGUCUUCAUAUUCAAUGUGCCCUGUAAAAUGACACACGUUGUGUUAGUCCCUGAUAGGAAGAAGAGGAGGGAUGGGGGAAAGCAAAUUUGUUCCUUUUAGUAUUUGUCAACUCAAUACUCUGUGUUACCAAUUGUAAACCAUAUAUAGUGUUCACUGAAUAUCUUCUGCCUAAUGUUAGCGUACUUGUGAACCAGCAACAAUGAACACAACUGCACAUGGCUCAUAACUGCUCGCCACAGUUUUGUGUCCGUUCGGCUUCCUCUGCAACUUGCACCCAAAUCUCUUACUACACAAGGAAGACAAUGUUUAUGUUAAUAAAGUACAAAAUGUACUUUUAGCAUCCAUAUAGCCUCUUUUUAGACUCUACAUGCUGUAUGAACAAUACAGUUGUAAUAUCACAACUGUAACAUCCACCUAUGCAGACACCCAAUGUGUUAUCUAAAUAACUGUUUGCUUGUCCAUUGUCCAUCUUCACAUCCAAUUUGGAGUAUAUUUGGCCCUUAAAAUACUUUCAUGUAACAGGCUGGUGGGUGAUCUGGGUUUCCCUCAUUCAGUCUCUUGCAU